AUGCUGGUGACCUAUUUGGAAGCCAGCCGGGACCUUUGCGAGACGGACUCAAUUCUUUUUGGCGCCGCACUGGCAGUAUGCCGUAUUAUUGGCGCCAAACUUCCCAUGGCUGGACGUGCUACUCAACAAGGUAGUGCCAUCCCAGCCUGGAGAAAAAGAAUCGAGGACCGUAUCGCAAAGGCAAGGGCCCUUAUCGGCAGACUGACAAGCUUCAGGUCGGGUAAUAUUAGACCGAGAGUUGUGCGCACCGUUAGAAUGGCGUUUGCUGGGACAAAUAUUAGUUUGUCCCAGCUGGAUAUCACGCAGAAACUAACGGAGCGCAUAGAUGACCUAAAGCAAAAAAUCGCUGCUUGGGGGAAGCGUAUUCGACGAUUUAGUGAGAGGUCAAGGCGGUUAAACCAAAAUCGUCUCUUCCAGAGUGAUCAGAAGAGGCUCUAUAAAUCAUUGGAGCGACCAGAGGUAUGUGGAGCGGGCCCAGGACCGGAUCAGGCUGACACUGUCGCAUUUUGGCGUGGCCUGUGGUCAGAGCCCGUAAACCACAGCGAGGGCCCUUGGAUGGAAGUUGUGGCGAGCCAGAGUGCAAGUGUUACGCCUAUGGACCCCGUCACCAUAAUGCCUGAAGACGUGGCUGAGGCGGUCCGUAGGGCCCCGAACUGGAAAAGUCCGGGGCUCGACGGGCUGCAUCAUUACUGGCUGAAGGGGUUCGUAGUGUGUCACGCUGUGCUCGCCCGACAGUAUCAAGAGGCUCUCGAUCAGAAGUCGCUCCCGAGCCUCUUCACUACUGGGAUCACUCACUUGGUUCCUAAAGAUCAGGAUACCACAGACCCGAGCAAAUACCGCCCCAUCACGUACAAUCACGAAUAUGAAGCGAUGCUUUGUAUUUGGUCUCAAAUAUUUGAAUCUGAUGAGUCAUCGCAUUGUAUGUAG